AUGGCAGAACCAUCCACCACCGAAACCACCUCCGCCAGCGAUGCUCAUCCGCCGGCGCCGGCUUCCUCGCCUAAGAGCUGGGCCGACGAAGCAGAUGAAGAAACCAACGCAACGCCGAGCUCCGAGACAGCAACCUCGUCGCUCAACGUCGACGGAUUAACGAUCGACGAGAACAAGAAGCCUUCUCCCAAGUUCUUGGACGAGCCUGAAGACUCCAACAUCCAAGCGGUUUCGUCCUUCGAAGAAUUGAAUCUCUCACCGGAGCUUUUGAAGGGACUCUACGUGGAGAUGAAGUUCCAGAAACCUUGUAAGAUCCAAGCCGUAACCUUGCCUAUGAUCUUGAAUCCUCCGAAUAGGGAUUUGAUCGCACAGGCGCAUAACGCUUCCGGAAAAACCACGUGUUUCCUUCUUGGUAUGCUUAGUCGAGUUGAUCCAAAGUUGCAGGCUCCUCAAGCUUUCUGCAUUUGCCCAACCAGGGAGUUGGCUAUUCAGAAUACUGAAGUUCUCCGAAAGAUGGGAAAGUACACGGGGAUUAGCUCAGAAUGUGCUAUACCAGCAGACAGUAGGGAUGCUUUGCCGAUAGCGAAACGGGCACCGAUUAUGGCUCAAGUGGUUAUUGGGACCCCUGGCACGAUUAAUAAGUGGAUGACUUUUAAGAAACUUGGGGUGACAAGGUUGAAGAUUCUUGUUUUUGAUGAGGCUGAUCAAAUGCUUGCUGAGGAUGGAUUUAAAGAUGAUUCCCUGAGGAUAAUGAAAGGAAUAGAAAAAUUCAAUUCUAACUGUCAGGUUCUUCUGUUUUCUGCUACAUUCAAUGACAUUGUCAAGAAUUUUGUUUCGAGGACAGUUAAGCAGGAUUAUAAUACACUUUUUGUGAAGGAACUAUCUUUAGAUGCCGUAAAGCAAUAUAAAGUUCAUUAUCCUGAUGAACUCUCUAAGAUUGAAAUGAAAAAAGAUUACAUACUCGAAAUAGGAGAGAAUCUGGGGCAAACUAUAAUAUUUGUGCGCACAAGAAAUAGUGCAAAAAUGUUACAUAAAUCACUUGUUGUCGCUCCUGUUGUCGCUCCCGUCGCCCCAAGUAAGGGAGUCGACAAGGGAAAAAGGAAAGUGGUGAACAUUGUUAAAAGGAAGGUCCGGUCUGCAGCGGACAUUCCUGCCGAGGAGCUUGCUAGGAGGACUGGCGGCCCGGUUAUUAAGGAUGUGCAGGAGAAUGCCCAGAGUUUGGCGGUCAACCCUUCUGCACCUGAAGUUAUUCCUCCUAAACCAACGGCUUCUGGAAGGAAGAGGGUUGCUAGCGAGGAUUUAAGCUCGCCUAAAGGAGCUAAAACGGUUAGGGUGGAGCCGACUGAGUCUGGUCAAUCAGGUGGUAGUCUCUCGUUUGCCAUGGAGAGUUUCUCGGACGCCCCUGGCGGUGAUGACAUGGUGGUGGUCGAUACUCCGGACAGGGCGGGGGUACCUGUCAUGGCGACUGUCGAAGGAACUUCAACGCCUGCGGCUGUUUCGUUAGUGCAGAUCCUGAAGCUAUCCGAGAGGGAUCUGAACUCUAGUUUCCCUAAUCCUGAUUUAAACGUGUUGGUACCACAACAAAUUAAUCGCCAAGACAUCAUUGACUGCGCACAGGUAAUGAUCGGUCAGAUUGUGGGAACCCGGGAGGCUACUCUUGCUGUUGACAGCCGUUGUUCUACCCAGCAUGAUGACUUGGUACAGAAAGGGCGCAUGAUUGAGUCCUUAACGGCCGAGUUCGGGCGGUUGAGCUUAAGAAAACAUAGAGGUUAG